UUUCUCGAUCUAGACUUGGAAAAGCGACGGCUUUAUGGACCGCGAAACCAAGGAAACUCGUGGAGCUCCCAAGCGCAGGCGAUACGACUAUAGGUUCAAAGCCAGUGCUGUCAACCAGCUGCGCAUCCUCGAGGACAACGCCUCGGACCUCUGGAAGGAGGAGGAGCGCACGCCGCUUCAGUACUUAGAGGAUCGUCUCAAAAGAAAGAGGCUUUACAAGAUGUUCGUGGAGCGGCGUAAGAGGAAGCUGAAGGUAUCGACCCUGUGGCUGACGAUCACGUUCCGGAAGCUCGUGCGAGAGAUGUAUCCCGGGGACCAACGGGCGGCGGCGUUCCGCGCAUCCUUCAGGUGGGCACGAAAAUGGGCCAAGAGGCACAACCUGUCCAAAAGACGUCGGACCAACCUCAAGAACAAGUCUGUUCAGGAGCGUCUACCAAAGAUCCAGCGCUUCCACCGACUGUUUCGCAAGCUCCUGCAGGAGCCGGUACGGUACAGGGCACCCGAUGAGUCGGACGUAUCGGCGAUUACGACGGUCGCAGAGAGGGAGUACAGAGUUCCCAAGUAUGGCCAAUUCCAGCUCUGGGAGCGUUGGAAUGUGAAUCAAGUGCCUUUGUCAUUCGUAAACGGGCUGCUCGAUACGUGGGAGGAGCGAGGUGCGAAGCGUGUCGCCAUCUCACAGCCCUUUCCUGGCCUAGAGAAAAGGCANCGGAUCUCGCCGGUGGAGAAGGCCGCGUACCACAAGGACGUGGACGUGUCUUUCCAGGAGAAUGCUUGGGCCGACCAAAAGUUCUGUAUGGAGUGGGCUAAGAGGACCUUGAGAAUUUCGGUGAUUUUCCGAGGCACGGGGAAGCGGAUCUCGCCGGCGGAGAAGGCCGCGUACCACAAGGACGUGGACGUGUCUUUCCAGGAGAAUGCUUGGGCCGACCAAAAGUUCUGUAUGGAGUGGGCUAAGAGGUCCAUUCUUAUCAUGGACAACUUGCACGCGCAGACGACGGACGAGUUCAAGGAGUAUCUUGCGAAGGUGUGCAACACUUUCGCCUGGUAUGGCCCUCCGGAGUGCACGGACGAGGUGCAGCCAGUUGAUGCAGGAGCCGGACGAUUUAUCAAGGUGGAAGCUGGGAGGCAGAUGGACUUGUGGCUCAAGCAGUCGGACAACCUCGAGAGGUGGGAACCCGCGGCGCUGACAGCUUCUGAUCGGCAGGUACUGAUCACUCAGUGGAUUGGAGCGGCCAUGGCAAGACUCAACAGCCAACAGGCGUUCCGAUUCCGCCUUUUCGGAAAGUGCGGGAUGGCCAUGACUGUGGACGGCUCAGGCGAUGAUCGAAUCACCUUGAAGGGUUUGGACAAGCCGUACACCUUCGCAAUCGAUGAAGACUGUAGCGAGGACGAAGAAGGCACGUCUCAAACCCAGACCGACGAGCUAGCUCUUCUCGAUGACGACGACAGCAUGGACCCACAAGACCCGGAGGACGAGACACAAGAAAUGGAGAUCCCGACAGGCUUUCGCAUUCAAGAAGUUAAACCCGUUGCCCUUGACAGAUUGCUUUUGCGACGUGGAGUGCUCGUUAGGCUGGGGAUGGGGUGGUUUGGAGGGUUGAUCAUUCAGCAAUCUCAGCAGGACACUCGCCACCUGUACGACUACUGUGUGCAGCUGGAGCAAGACCAGAGUACGCGCAAGAUUAAGCUGCCCUUAGACAAAUACACCGGAGAUCUGGAUGCGGCGGUAGGCUCCUGGGUUUUGCUUGAGAGCGUUAGUAGAUCAGGGAGGGUACGCAGGACCAACGUCACCCUUAUGAACCAAGAUAGUUGA